UUGGGGCGACCAAGUAGCAGGCGGAGCGCCGCCGUGCUCGCGCUCACCCCUACUAGUCCAAGGAGAGCGGGCGCCCAUGGACGGCCCCCGUUGGACGGAGGAGGUCGACGACCUGGUCGACGCCGGCAACGUCGAUGGCGCCAUCGCUCUCCUCGAGUCUGUCGUCUCCAACCUCUCCACCUCCGCCGCCGCUCCCUCGGCCGCCGGCCUCCGCCUCGCCACGGCGCUCGGGGACCUCGCGGGCCUGCACGCCUCCCGCGGCAACACUCUCCGCGUUGACGAGCUCCGCGCCCGCGCCAUCGUCCUCCGAUCCCGCGCCGCAGCCCCUGGGGCCCUAGGGGACCAGGAGUUGCCACAGAAAUGUAUAUCACAAGAGGGCGCGGUGGGUUCUAAGGACUCUGAAGUCUCAGCUAAUACUGAACAAAACAAUGACGAUGAAGAAGAUGAUUGGGAGGCUAUUGCAGAUAGCGGCGCACUUGAUGACACACUAGUGAGCUCCCUGGAUCAAGAAGCUAGGGUGCCUUCUUGUAGCUCUUCAGAGAAAAGUAGCACCCCAUCAGGACCCAAAAGGAGGGGGAGGGGUUCAUUUCUCUAUGAUAAGAGUGUUCUGUACAGUGACCAGUGUGGUUCAGAAAGGGACUUGGAUGACAAAGAGUCUAGUCCUCAUAGUGGAUCAAAAGGCCAUGUAGAUGAGCAGGAGAACAAUGCUGUUGCAGCUGCUAGACAGUUUGGGACAAGGCAUGUUCUUGUCCUAUAUGACUUUUUACCAAGCACGCGCACAACAGAUCUGGAAAGGAUUUUUGAGAAGUUUGGGGAUCAUGGAGUUGCCAUUCGCUGGGUUAAUGAUACUUCCGCACUUGCUGUUUUUCGGACUCCAUCAGCUGCUAGUGAGGCUCAGUCUUGCAUACCUCCAAGAUACAAGGUGCGGUCAUUGAAGGAGAAUGAUGAUUUAUUGACAAAAAUAGACGGUAGAGUUGCUCUUGUGUCUUGGUGCAGACCUAGAACCACCCAAGCCGAGACCAAAGACAUCUGCAAGAACAGCUCAAAGGCUAAUUGCUCAUGGUAUGGGAUUGAAGCAAUUUACAAACUUUGGGUCGGAUGAACUGAAGAAACAGGAGGAAGAGAGAAAGAACAGGAUUGCUGCUCGACAAGCCAUGCGUGAUGAGGCUUGGGGUUCAGAUUGAUAAGAGGAUGUCGAAUUGCUGGUCAUGUUCACCACACCUGCCAGAUUGUUGCAUGGGUGUUUUUGAUGCUUGUACUCAUUACCACGCUUGGUUUCAUGUUUGAUUGAUCAAGAUCUGAGAUCUGAUGCUAGCGAAGAGUGGGAUGAAGCCACGAACAUGUAACACAAUGGUGUAUUAGAUGGUGAUGGGGGUACGCCAGUCUCGAGUACUGGUGGACCGGGAUGGGAUUUUCCUGAAUUGAAAUGUAAACCACGGUAUUUCAAGCAAUAGGUUUGCUUCAUUGCUUGCCCUGGUAAAACUGACCCUUGGGCCCCUAGGAUUGAACUGUAUCAUGCCCUAGUAGACCUGAGUGCUGUUGGGUACACAUGUCAGUGAGCAAAGCAAAGACCCCAUUUUGUGGUCCCGUAAGUCAUGGCCACCGAUGUC